CCGUUCCGGGCCGCGCCCAGGAGCUGCUGCCGCACCGCUGCGGAGACGCCGCCGCCAGCUUCAUCGCAGAGCGCGGCUCAGCCCGGCGUCCGCGCAGCCUCCGCCAGCCUCCGCCAGCCUCGUCUCCGCCAAACUCUCCCUCUUGGCUUCAUCCCCCCACUCCCGCAGCCUGAUCCCCUCAAGCCUCAUCCUCUCCCAUCUUGAUCUCCCCAAGCCGGAUCCCCGCAAGCCUGAUCCCUUCCAAACCUGAUUCCCCUCCCAGCUUGAUCCUUCAGCCUGAUCCCCCAAACUUGAUCCCCGUAACUUGUUCCCGCAAGGCCUAAUACUCUGGUUGACCCUCCUCUCAAGCCUGAUACCCCAAAGCUUGAUACCCCCAGCAUGAACCUCUCCAAAUGACCCUACCAGCCUGAUUCCUCCAAGCCUGGUAACGCCCCCACCCCCCAGCUUGAUUCUCCCCAAGCCUGGUCCCUCACUCAGCCCUUAUCCUCUGCCUCACUUUCCACAUUGUCCCACGCCGAGCUUGAUACCCUCCCAGACUCAAGUUGUAUCCUCUGUCUCACCCCUUCCCCCCCCCCACAUUAGCUUGAAACGAGUCCUCAGCUUCCAGCUUCAAUCCCUGCAUCUUCAGCCCCACCCUUAGGGUCCAGGCCUUAGGCCCGCCCCAUCUCCUCCCCAUCCACGCUCUAGUCCAGCCUUCCAUCCCAGUGGCCCUCUUGCUGCCUCCCACCCGGGCUCCCUUGGGAGUCCCCUGGGCAAUCACCAACCUGCUUUCGAGGAGCUGGGACUGGUGCCCAGGAGGUGUGGACCACAGUCGCCAGUUCCCAGCUGGGUCCUGGGGAGACCGGGCACUGAGAGACUCGUCUCUUCCAAGUGCAACCCAGAGGGCAUGCUGGCAGCCCCGAGGGGCUGGGAGGCUCAGUUAGAGUCUAACCAGGUAGAUAGGGUUAGACCCCACAGGCGGAGACUCCCGCCCGCAUGGAAAGUCCGCGCCCCUCGCCUGCAGCUGCCAUGGAAGCUCCUCGGACCCUUUAGAAGCUUCUCACUGCCGUCACAGGAGCCCCAAAGGAUGUCCAGCGGGGUCUCCCCAGCCGAGCAGGUGGCGGCAGGCGACAUGGAUGACCCGGCAGCACGCUUCUGUGUGCAGAAGCACUCCUGGGACGGGCUGCGCAGCAUCAUCCACGGCAGCCGCAAGUCCUCGGGGCUCAUUGUCAGCAAGGCCCCCCACGACUUCCAGUUUGUGCAGAAGCAUGAUGAGUCCGGCCCCCACUCCCACCGGCUCUACUACCUGGGAAUGCCAUACGGCAGCCGCGAGAACUCCCUCCUCUACUCCGAGAUCCCCAAGAAGGUGCGGAAGGAGGCCCUGCUGCUGCUGUCCUGGAAGCAGAUGCUGGACCACUUCCAGGCCACGCCCCACCACGGUGUCUACUCUCGCGAGGAGGAGCUGCUGCGGGAACGCAAGCGCCUGGGCGUCUUCGGGAUCACCUCCUACGACUUCCACAGUGAGAGCGGCCUCUUCCUCUUCCAGGCCAGCAACAGCCUGUUCCACUGCCGGGACGGCGGCAAGAACGGCUUCAUGGUGUCCCCCAUGAAGCCACUGGAGAUCAAGACCCAGUGCUCCGGGCCGCGUAUGGACCCCAAGAUCUGCCCCGCGGACCCUGCCUUCUUCUCCUUCAUCAACAACAGUGACCUGUGGGUGGCCAACAUCGAGACCGGAGAGGAACGGCGACUAACCUUCUGUCACCAGGGCUCAGCCAACGUCCUGGACGAUCCCAAGUCGGCGGGUGUGGCCACCUUUGUCAUCCAGGAGGAGUUUGACCGCUUCACCGGGUGCUGGUGGUGCCCCACCGCCUCUUGGGAAGGUUCCGAAGGCCUCAAGACGCUGCGCAUCCUGUAUGAAGAAGUGGAUGAGUCUGAGGUGGAGGUCAUCCAUGUGCCCUCCCCUGCCCUGGAGGAGAGGAAGACUGAUUCCUAUCGAUACCCCAGGACAGGCAGCAAGAACCCCAAGAUCGCCCUGAAACUGGCUGAGCUCCAGACGGAUGGACAGGGCAAGAUUGUGUCGAGCUGCGAGAAGGAACUGGUGCAGCCGUUCAGCUCCCUCUUCCCCAAGGUGGAGUACAUCGCGCGGGCUGGCUGGACACGGGAUGGCAGAUAUGCCUGGGCCAUGUUCCUGGACCGUCCCCAGCAGCGGCUCCAGCUCGUCCUCCUGCCGCCCGCCCUUUUCAUCCCGGCCCCUGAGACCGAGGCCCAGCGGCAGGCAGCUGCCAGGGCCGUCCCCAAGAACGUGCAACCCUUCGUCAUUUACGAAGAAGUCACCAAUGUCUGGAUCAACGUCCAUGACAUCUUCCACCCGUUCCCGCAGGCCGAGGGCCAGCAGGAUUUCUGCUUCAUCCGUGCCAACGAGUGUAAGACUGGCUUCUGCCACUUGUACAAGGUCACUGUGGACCUUAAAACCAGUGACUACGACUGGACGGAACCCCUCAGCCCCACGGAAGAUGAGUUUAAGUGCCCCAUCAAGGAGGAGGUCGCGCUGACCAGUGGCGAGUGGGAGGUCUUGUCAAGGCAUGGCUCCAAGAUCUGGGUCAACGAGCAGACGAAGCUGGUGUACUUCCAAGGCACGAAGGACACGCCCCUGGAGCACCACCUUUAUGUGGUCAGCUACGAGUCGGCUGGCGAGAUCGUGAGGCUCACCACGCCCGGCUUCUCCCACAGCUGCUCCAUGAGUCAGAACUUCGACAUGUUUGUGAGUCACUACAGCAGCGUGAGCACACCGCCCUGCGUGCACGUGUACAAGCUGAGCGGCCCUGACGACGACCCGCUGCACAAGCAGCCACGCUUCUGGGCCAGCAUGAUGGAGGCAGCCAAAACCAAGUCUGGUAGGACACACUGUCAUCCCAGCCCUCAGGAGGCAGAGGCAGGAGUCUGUAAGUCUGGGUCCAAGCCAGCCUGGGCUGCGGAAAGAGAUGGUGUCUCAGGAAAGCAAGGCCUUGGCCUCACCACAGCAGACUGCCCCCCGGACUACGUGCCUCCCGAGAUCUUCCACUUCCACACGCGUGCCGACGUGCAGCUGUACGGCAUGAUCUACAAGCCGCACACCCUGCAGCCGGGGAAGAAGCACCCCACUGUGCUCUUUGUCUAUGGGGGCCCUCAGGUGCAGCUGGUGAACAACUCCUUCAAGGGCAUCAAGUACCUGCGCCUGAACACGCUGGCGUCCCUGGGCUACGCCGUGGUCGUGAUCGAUGGCCGGGGCUCCUGUCAACGGGGCCUGCGAUUUGAGGGGGCCCUGAAAAACCAGAUGGGCCAGGUGGAGAUCGAGGACCAGGUGGAAGGCUUGCAGUACGUGGCCGAGAAGUACGGCUUCAUCGACCUCAGCCGCGUCGCCAUCCACGGCUGGUCCUACGGCGGCUUCCUCUCGCUCAUGGGGCUCAUCCACAAGCCACAGGUGUUCAAGGUAGCCAUUGCGGGCGCUCCCGUCACCGUGUGGAUGGCCUAUGACACAGGGUACACGGAACGGUACAUGGAUGUCCCUGAAAACAACCAGCAAGGCUAUGAAGCAGGGUCUGUGGCCCUGCACGUGGAGAAGCUGCCCAAUGAGCCUAACCGCCUGCUCAUCCUCCAUGGCUUCCUGGAUGAGAAUGUCCACUUUUUCCACACAAACUUCCUCGUGUCCCAGCUGAUCCGGGCAGGGAAGCCAUACCAGCUCCAGAUCUACCCCAACGAGAGACACAGCAUCCGCUGCCCCGAGUCCGGGGAGCACUACGAGGUGACAUUGCUGCACUUCCUGCAAGAGCACCUGUGACCUGUGACCUCCGACCUCUGCCCUGAUGCCGCCGCCGCCGCUUUUCUUGCGUGUUUGUAAUCUUUUAGUUUGGGAAGCUUUCGAUUUGUUUGCUUGCUGCUGCUUGGGGGCCAGGACAGAGGCGGUGGCGGCCCCCA